AUGGCGUUACUAUCGUGCUCCAGAUUGAGAUUGAGGACCGACUGUCUUCGAGAGAUAACAAUAUUUUCAAUAUUAUGGUGGACUUUAAGUUCAAUAUCAAUCGCAUCAGCUUCGCUCAACACACCAACAACCAAGAAAAUAGAUUUAACGCCGUCUCAGAAUGCGAGCGUGGCUGAAGUGCUCUUUCAUUGGGAGGACUACAGCGUGCUGGCCGCUAUGCUGCUCAUUUCUUGUCUGAUUGGUGUAUUUUAUGGAUAUUUUGGUGAAAAACAAACAACAGGAGAUGAUUUCUUGCUUGGUGGCUCGUCGAUGGGCACAUUUCCUAUGGCAUUAAGUCUUGCAGCAAGUUUCAUCACAGCCAUCGAGUUGUUAGGCAACCCAGCAGAGAUGUACAUGGCAGGUGCCCAGUUCUGGAUGAUUUGUGUCGCCUUUGUACUGGUCGUGCCAAUUGCGAGCCAUCUCUACCUACCGGUGUUCAUGAGGCUGCGGUUGACGUCAUGUUACGAAUAUUUGGAAGUAAGAUUCUGCAAGUCCAUCCGUGUGUAUGCAAGUGCGCUGUAUCUAAUGCAGAUGAUACUUUACACGGCAGUGGCGGUGUACGCGCCGGCUCUAGCCCUCUCCGAUGACCAGCAGAAUGUCGGUCCUUAUAACAGCUUGGAGUUGUCAUGCUCGCUGGUCACACUGGCGGUGGCAUGGGCGCUGGAUCGCUUAAUUCCCUAUGAUAUGAUUGAGUUGGGCGAUGCUGGUGUACGUGUCAUGUUCGUGAACGGGCGCCGUCGGUUGGGACUGGUCAGCUCCAGACUGUUUAUUGUCCUUAAGACUCAUGAAACCGUCCCUUGCAUGGACCCCGAUCCUACUGUCCGCCAUUCAUUUUGGUCAGUGGUCAUAGGCGGCACUAUGUACUGGGUCAGCAUGUUCUGCGCAAACCAGGCAUCAGUACAGAAGUACUUGUCAGUGGAACGCGUAGCACAGGUUCGAGUGGCCCUUUGGGUGUCAGCCAUUGGCCUGAUCGCCGUCUACUCAGUAAAUUUCAUCACCGGCGCCGUCCUUGCUGUUCAUUACGCUGACUGUGAUCCGAUUCAGGCUGGUAUCAUCAACGCAUCAGACCGUCUCCUGCCGCUCUACGUAGUGAACCAGUUGGGAGGUUCGCGUGGAAUCCCAGGUUUUUUUGUCGCAGGAAUCUUCGCAGCUAGUCUCGGAACUGUAGCAUCAGCGUUAAACUCUCUAGCUGCCAUACUAUGUCAAGAUCUCGCAACUGGGCUUCUUGGACUAACGCUGCCAGAACAAAAAGGAGCAGCAAUAGCGCGCUGGGUGUGCCUCGCUUGCGGUUUGGUGUCUUUUGGACUGGUGUUCGCAGUGGAACGACUCGGCCCAGUACUGCAACUAGCACUCUCCUUCAAUGGGAUGGCAGGUGGUGUCGCCCUAGGACUGUUCACACUUGGCAUGUUCUUUCCAUGGGCUAAUGCUAAGGGAGCUGUAGCGGGCGGCGUGUUUGGUCUAGUAGUGGUGGUAGUUGCUGGCGGAGGUGCUCAGCUGGCUCAGCUUCCGAUGCCGCGUCUGCCUGCCUCGACUAGUGGCUGUGUGGUGCCCUACAACAUGACUACGCUCAUGACUAUCAACCCAGAUGAAAAUCAAGACGACGCAGUUUUUUGGCUGUUCCGAGUAUCCUAUCUCUGGUACUCCGGAUUAGGAUGUGCUGCUACUUUAUUGGCAGGAUUGAUCGUCUCGGUUCUGACUGGUGUGACAGAUCCAGCGCAGGUGCCGAUAGAUCUGAUAUCACCGCCGAUCGUCGCACUGCUCAAUUCCCUACCUAAAAGAUUAAAGAGACUUUUAAGGGUGCCGACUCGGCUUGGAUCGGAGCGUCGUCGCAGCUCAAGUAUUCGUCCACCUGGAGUGGCUGACGACAAAGACACGCGCCGUCGCCGGCGCCUGUCCGAAAUGGCCGGAGGAGUAUUUUACAGCGACACUCCGACACUCACACGAGGCUACGACAACUUCGCUCUUGGUCUAGACCCAGAAAAGCCCCCACCAGAUGACCGUAUAAAAUCCAACAGUAUUAAAUUUGAUCCUACUUCAGAUAAUCACCAGCCUGAAACAUCGACUUGUUGA